CUCCCCGCGCCCGGGCCCGGCCGGCCGCCCGGGCCGCCGCCGCCGCCCGCCGGCCGGGCAUGAGUUAGUGGCCGACAUGGACACCAAACACUUCCUGCCGCUCGACUUCUCCACGCAGGUGAACUCUGCGUCCCUCAACUCCCCGACGGGCCGGGGCUCCAUGGCUGCCCCCUCGCUGCACCCCUCCCUGGGGCCAGGCCUGGGCUCUGCGCUCGGCUCCCCGGGGCAGCUGCACUCACCCAUCAACGGCAUGGGCCCGCCCUUCUCGGUCAUCAGCUCUCCCGUGGGCCCACACUCCAUGUCUGUGCCCACCACGCCCACGCUGGGCUUCGGCACCGGCAGCCCCCAGCUGAACUCACCCAUGAACCCCGUGAGCAGCAGCGAGGACAUCAAGCCUCCCCUGGGCCUCAAUGGCGUCCUCAAAGUCCCCACCCACCCCUCGGGAAACAUGGCUUCCUUCACCAAGCACAUCUGUGCCAUCUGUGGGGACCGCUCCUCAGGCAAGCACUACGGCGUGUACAGCUGCGAGGGCUGCAAGGGCUUCUUCAAGCGCACGGUGCGCAAGGACCUGACCUACACCUGCCGCGAUAACAAGGACUGCCUCAUCGACAAGCGGCAGCGGAACCGGUGCCAGUACUGCCGCUACCAGAAGUGCCUGGCCAUGGGCAUGAAGCGGGAAGCCGUACAGGAGGAGCGGCAGCGGGGCAAGGAUCGGAACGAGAACGAGGUGGAGUCCACCAGCAGCGCCAACGAGGACAUGCCCGUGGAGAAGAUCCUGGAGGCCGAGCUGGCCGUGGAGCCCAAGACCGAGACCUACGUGGAGGCCAACAUGGGGCUGAACCCCAGCUCGCCCAACGACCCCGUCACCAACAUCUGCCAGGCGGCCGACAAGCAGCUGUUCACCCUCGUGGAGUGGGCCAAGCGCGUCCCCCACUUCUCCGAGCUGCCCCUGGACGACCAGGUCAUCCUGCUGCGGGCAGGCUGGAACGAGCUGCUCAUCGCCUCCUUCUCCCACCGCUCCAUCGCCGUGAAGGACGGCAUCCUGCUCGCCACCGGGCUGCACGUGCACCGAAACAGCGCCCACAGCGCGGGCGUGGGCGCCAUCUUUGACAGGGUGCUCACGGAGCUGGUGUCAAAGAUGCGGGACAUGCAGAUGGACAAGACGGAGCUGGGCUGCCUGCGCGCCAUCGUCCUCUUCAACCCUGACUCCAAGGGGCUGUCCAACCCGGCCGAGGUGGAGGCGCUGAGGGAGAAGGUCUACGCGUCCCUGGAGGCCUACUGCAAACACAAGUACCCCGAGCAGCCCGGGAGGUUCGCCAAGCUCCUGCUGCGCCUGCCCGCCCUGCGCUCCAUCGGGCUCAAGUGCCUGGAGCACCUGUUCUUCUUCAAGCUCAUCGGGGACACGCCCAUCGACACCUUUCUCAUGGAGAUGCUGGAAGCCCCCCACCAGCUGACUUAGGCCGUCGCCCGCCCGCCGGACGCCAGCCGCCCUGCUCGGCCCGAGCCCAGCCUGCCCGGACCCCAGGACCCCAGGAUGCCACUCGCGCGCCCUCCUUGGAGCCUUCACGAAGACCGUCUGGCCCAGGGCAGUGGCCCGAGUGGCGAGAACUGGCGUGAGGCCCGCCAGGCCUGCCCCUGCCAGGGGGUCGGGGCUGCUCACGGGGUCCCCAGGGUGCGGGCGGGGGGCUGGGGCUUUGUUUCUUGCUGUUUGUUGCGGUUUGGAGAACCUCCCCGAGCGCCCUCCUGGGAGCAAGCCGUGGUGGCCCGCUCAGAGCCCCAGCCGGGCCACGAGGAGGGGCACGAGGGGCACGAGGGGCAGGCGUGCCCGGGCGGAGGACCCCACCCCGCAGGACUAGUAGGGGGAGCAGCCCCUUUUUCCAAAGAUGACCGUGACCGUGCCGGCUGGGGGGCCACGUGCGCCCCUCCUGGGUGUCCUCGCUGUGUGCUGUCCUGGAGUUGGCUUUGCCCAGCCUGGGGUGGCCGGACCUCGGCGCCCAGCCUGCGCCCGUGCCCCCGCCUGCGAGGUCCAGCCCAGACAGCAGUGUGGACGGGAGGUGGGCGGGGGCAGUGCCUGGGCCCGUGUGCUUCUCCAGUACCUGAGUCUCCGUGUCCUCUGGCCGUGGGGCCGCAGGACCUCCCGGCCCAGUGUCCCCGGUGUCGCCAGGGCCAGGCAGGGGAAGCCUGGUCUGGGGGCUCCUCACACCCGCUCUGGGGGAAGGGGCGGGUGCGCGGCCUCCCCCACGGGCCCGUCCGGCUCCUGGUUCCUGGCCGCUGUGGCCUGUGAGGCGCUCUCAGGGUGAACUGGCCCCUGGCACGGAGGCCCCGAGUCCGGGUCGUGUCCCCGGCUCCGAGCUGGGGGCCCCCCUCGCUUGUCUGCAGCAGGCCCCUGGUGAGGCGCAGGCGGCGUGAGGAGGGGGCUCUCUGGCGUCUGGGGAAGACAGGGGCUGUCUCUGACCUCCCGGGGUCCCUGAGCUGAGCCAAGCUGGUGGUGAGCCCCGCCCCCAGGUGGGUGCACACGUGUGCGGGGCCAGCCUGCCCUCCCCCCACGCCACCAGGAAGUCUGAGCAGCCCGCGGGUCGCGGAGGUGCCGGGGACGCAGGCCGAGAGACACCCUGCGCCCAGCACAGCCCGAUGCCUCUGGCACUCAGUGCCCCUCCCAGGUGGGGGCCAAGGGCAAGGCCCGCCCCCGCGGGGGAGAUGGGCUCAGCCAGGGGCACCUGGCUUGCUGGCCUAUGCACUGAGGCCCCGGAAGCAGACCCCUGCCCCAGCCCCUCAGGCCCACGCCACCCAGGGCCCCCAUAGCUCCGUCCCCUUCCCGCGUCUCCUGGGAGUGGCGGGAGCUGUGUGUGGCGUCGGCGUCGGCGCCCUGCUCGGGAGAGGAGUUCUAUUUAACCAGCCUUUGAGUAGUAGUACCUGCCUGGCUCCAUUAUGGUGAUUUCUUUUGUAAUUAUUAUUAUUAUUAUUGUUUUGGUUGGGACAAUCUUUAAUUUUCUAAAGAUGACACUGACAUCGGCUUGUCGGCCCCACCCCUUCCCACCCCGGCCCCACCCGUCUCCCCCUCCCCUGCCACGGUCAGCUGUGGGAGCCCCUCUGCCGGGGCUGGGGUUGGGGGGGGCCCGUGCACGCAGGUGUGUGGUGGUGACACGCGUGUGCCGUGCGGGACGAGGAGAUGCGUGGCGGCUCCCCACGGCCUGAGUUGGUUCCCGUCCUGUGAACCGGCCCCGUGUCGGCGUCAGCUCGCGGGAUCCCGGGUCCGAGCGUCUGCCGGCCUGGAGACGCAUCUAUUUUCAGAUGCUCGGGCGCGGGUGGCUCCGGGCCGCCCCGGCUCGCGUGGCCGUGGCCGGCGGAUCAGAGAGCACAGACGAGAGGAGAUGUCGGAAGCAGCGGGAAAGGGAAAAAAAAAAAGAAAAAAAAGAAAAAGAAAUCUAUUUUUGUACAAAUGUAAUUUUAUCCCUCACGGACACCUGGACGCGGGGGCGGGGCGGGCGCCGGGCUCCAGGAUUCGCGUCCCGCCCGAGCGGCCCACGGAAGCGGCCGCCCCACCACGCGAACCGCGGGGAAGCGAGAAACUACAUGUGAGCGUCUCGAAAUAUAUCCAGUGCUCCUUGGUUCCGACCCA